AAAAAGUCCAACAUGACCAUCCAAGCUACAACUACCAAAAUUAUUCAUGGAUCCCAGAUGGAGCGACUUAUAGAUUUAAAAAUAACAGGAUCAUUUACAUCGUCUUGUGCAUUUAUCAAGAGGUUUAUGGCGCAUAAUUCGUGAUGAAGUACCUCAUUCGUUUUUCUCAGUCUCACGAGACUUUUCGGCUGGCAGAGAUACAGUCACUUGCUGUUGUCAACAACAUUAACUUAGAGGUUUUAUCUUAUAGCGAAGAGUCGCCGUUCUGUAUAGUCCAGCUGCCAUCGGAAGAUGCUGCCAAAGCUCUUCUAGAACGCUCUGUCUUAGCGCAAAGCAUCCAUGAGCACUGGGGCUCCGCCGAGACGUAUGACGAACUCCAUGCUAUUGUCAAAAGUGACACUUCUCAUCUAUGGGCUCAAUAUAAAGAGGUCUCAUUUAAAAUCAAUAUAGAUGCCUACCAAGGUUCUCGCUCGGAGAAGCGAAAAAUAGAUCUCAUUAAUUCAUUCGCAUAUCUCGGUUUCGAUGGUCUCAUCCUUCUUAAAAACCCGGCUCAAAAGUUCACCAUCUUCGAAGAAUGGGAGUUCGAUUCUGUACCACGCAACUUACCCAAUCCCUUAAAAGUAUAUUUUGGCCGUCUCGUGGGUCACAGUGUACGGGAAUUGAUCAAAACUUAUGAUCUUAAGAAGCGAGGAUAUAUCAGCACGACCUCUAUGGAUGCCGAACUUGCAUUGGUCACGGCUAAUAUCGCUUUGGCUGCGCCCGGAAAGAUCUUCUACGAUCCAUUUGUGGGUACUGGUAGUUUCCCGAUCGCAUGUGCGCAUUUCGGCGCUCUUGGUUGGGGAAGUGAUAUCGACGGCCGUAGCGUCAGGGGUGAAGGAGGGAAGAGGAGUCUAAAGGGCAACUUUAAGCAGUAUGGAUUAGAAAACUUGCUAGGAGAUGUCUUUGUUAGCGAUCUGACAAAUAGUCCCGUGCGGAAAGCGAGGAUACUUGACGGCAUCGUCUGCGACCCACCCUACGGCGUAAGAGAAGGAUUGAAGGUUCUCGGAUGUAGAGACCCGGAGAAAGAUGCCUGGCUCAUUGAAAAGGGGAAGCAGUCUUACAGAAAUGCAUCAUUCGUGCCCCCCAAGAAACCAUACAGCUUUACGGCUAUGUUAGAUGACAUAUUGAACUUUGCUUCAGAUACAUUAGUGGAUAACGGCCGCCUAUCUUUCUGGAUGCCAACAGCAAAUGAUGAAGAACAAGAAAUACCUGUGCCUACGCACCCGUGUUUGGGUAUUGUAGUCGUCUGUACUCAGGUCUUUAAUAGAUGGUCGCGAAGAUUAAUCACUUACAGCCGCCUGCCAGACUCACAAGUUGAUUUAUCUGCACUUGCGCAGAAGAAGCAGGGGGAGGAAGUGAAGGGCCACACCGCAGACGACCUGAAUUCGUUCCGCCGUGCUUAUUUCCGGGGCUUCAAAAUAGAGUAGCCAAAUACAGAUGCUGCCAUGGGGUGAUUAAGUAGAGAAUAUUGUCGGUCUUACCGCUUCUUAUUUGCAUACAAAAACACGGAUACCCAGGAUAUCUACGGAGAAAGCUGGGUGCAAGGAGUCAGGGUUGUUAAAAACUGAAAUUAAAUCAAUGGGACCAAUAUGACAAUUUACGCUGGUGUAUAUAAAUGCGCUUUAGACUU